AUGCUUUCUACACAGCGACCAGCGGACCCUCUGCGAAAGGAUAGUGCGAUGGACGUGGUGGUGGUUCUGGACAACGCUGCGAAACAUACAUCUCAGACUAUGGAUUCAACAAGAAGACAGAAGACCACGUUUGCCGGAGGUCGUGAUGGGCUCCGGAUUCCGCCUCCCGCGAGCAGCUCAACGUCUUCUCGCAUGACAAUGAAGCUGCUCGAGCGAAAAUGUCAAAAGCAUAUCGAAGCCGUCAACUCUCGCGAUUUCUACGAAGACGGUGCUAUCUGGUUCGACAAGACUGAGGAUUGGGAAGCCGAGAUUCCUUUCCUCUCCGACAAGACGAUGAAUCUCCCUCAACACGUCGCCGCCUGGCAGAAAUUGGCUCGAAGGUAUCCGGAAUAUGGAAUCCGAUGCAUCGAAAUGACGACCGCCAUGGGCGAGGGUGGGCGAUCGGCGGAGACUUUUGCGGUGGUGGAGAUUACGGGUAUGCCAACCGGGACGGCUUGGAGGAGUACUUGCGUGGCUUCUUUUGAGUCGGUGGAGGGCAAGUGGCUGGCGACGAAGUUCAAGACGAUUCCAGGUUGA